CGUCAGGUAAACAUUUCUUAGUAACUUAGGGUUAUUGACUACGUUUAUAUGAAUAACAAAAUGGCAUAUCCAAAACUACAUUAUCAUAAUGAGGAAAAAAAAACUAUUUUUAACUGUAUCGAAAAAAACUUGCUUCUUCUGAUUUAUAUAAGAGCACAAGUUUCAGAACCAUACCGGCAUUUUCCACCAAACCUUUCACUCAAAAAGCCCCAGAAAAAGUAUUAAGUACAACGUUUGCAGUGGAUUUACGCAAUCUCCUGGGCAAAACAUUUUCUCAACUUUCUGCCUUCUGAUUACGUAGUACUUUUAAGUUGAUUAUUGCAUUUACGAUGAUUGAGAACCUUAUAUAUUACCUCUCCGAGCGCCCUUCCAUUGUAAAUUUUCGUUGGUCUCACAGCCAAUCAUGGGGCAACACGUGGUCUUUCCUCUUCACCUCCAUCGCAGCUUAUAUUUUCUUCUCCCUCUUUCUCCACCUCCUCCUUCUCCUUCUCUUCCGCCACCGCCGUCCUCUUCCUCUCGGCCCAAUUCCCGCCUUCCACUCCCUCUCCAUGGUCCUAAUCUCCCUCACCAUCUUCACCGGAAUCGUCCUCUCCGCUGCCGCUGAUAUCCGCGACACCCGGUGGUUCUGGCGCCGUUAUAAGACCACCCCAUUUCAGUGGCUCCUUUGUUUUCCUCUUGGCACGCGCCCUUCUGGUCGCGUCUUCUUUUGGUCCUACAUCUUUUACCUUUCUCGCUUUCUCCAUACUCUUCGUACUUUCUUUACCAUAUUCCAACGUAGAAAACUCUCUGUUUUUCAACUAUUUAACAACUCCAUUCUCAUAUUUAUGUCCUUCCUUUGGCUAGAAUUCUCGCAGUCUUUUCAAGUGCUAGCGAUCCUAUUAACGACGUUAUCAUAUUCUAUAGUAUAUGGAUACAGAUUUUGGACGGCGAUUGGAUUGCCGAGCGCGUGCUUCCCAUUCGUCGCAGGCUGUCAGAUUGUGUUGCUGGGAUGUAACAUUGUAUGUCAUGUUGGGGUGCUGUUGCUUCAUUUCAUGAAACGUGGUGGGUGUAAUGGGAUUGGGGCAUGGGUUUUCAACUCUGUGCUCAACGCUGCCAUUCUUUUCUUGUUCCUCAACUUCUAUGUCAAGAUGCACUUACGAAAUAGAAAGGUCAAAGCGCCAGCUGAAAACUUGAACUCUGCCAAGAGCAAGGAUAUUUGAUGAGGUCCAGCCCC